GGUCGGGGGCGAACCUAAAGGGGGCAGGGCAGAAGGGACCCCCGGAGCCCUGCCGCCAUCAGAGAUCAAGCAUUUGGCAUCAGGGAUCUUCGGACCCAGCAGAAGGAUCAGCCACAAGGAAGGUGUCCUCCCUAGGAAGUCAAACGAGAGAGUCACCUGCCCCACAUCAGGAGCAGGGACCCCCCCAUGACGCUGCUGGCAACCAUAGCAGGCCCCUAGCCCCUCAGCCUCCUUCCUAUCACCCACUUCUGACUCUUACCCUAUCUCCUUUGGCAUUCGUGCCUUUGCUCCCGCCCUUUGAGCUCCAGCCCUCCAGCUACCACCCAAACGCCCCAGGGCUUGGCCGCCCUGACCCUCAUCCUGGGCUGUUUGCCAGAUCUCUAGGAGGGAGAUCCUUUGCUUGGGCUAUGCCUCCUGGUGGCCUGACAGUAUCUGCCUAGACUCCUGACCCCUAGCCCUCAACUCCCCAGGCCUCCUUUGUGUGAAGAGCCCUCCUCUGCUCAGCAGUGUGGUUGGGGGCCAAAGGGAAAGCCGGCCCUGCUGGGCCCCUGGGCCCUACCACCUGCCUCCUGGUUGGGCAGCUUUCCUUGUCUUUGGGCCUCUCCCUGCUCCCCCGGCCCCUCCUCCUGGGCCGCCCCAAUGAAGGAGCCAGAUGCCAUCAAGCUGUUUGUGGGGCAGAUCCCGAGGCAUCUGGAGGAAAAGGACCUGAAGCCCAUCUUCGAGCAGUUUGGUCGGAUCUUCGAGCUGACUGUCAUCAAGGACAAGUACACCGGGCUGCACAAGGGAUGUGCUUUCCUGACGUACUGUGCUCGCGAUUCAGCCCUGAAGGCCCAGAGCGCCCUGCACGAACAGAAGACUCUCCCAGGGAUGAACAGGCCGAUCCAGGUCAAGCCAGCCGACAGCGAGAGUCGAGGAGAAGACCGGAAGCUCUUUGUGGGGAUGCUAGGAAAGCAGCAGACAGAUGAGGAUGUCCGGAAGAUGUUUGAGCCAUUUGGGACUAUAGACGAGUGCACUGUGCUCCGGGGGCCAGACGGUACCAGCAAAGGCUGUGCCUUUGUGAAGUUCCAGACUCACGCUGAGGCCCAGGCAGCCAUCAACACCCUUCACAGCAGCCGGACUCUGCCGGGUGCCUCAUCCAGCCUGGUGGUAAAGUUUGCUGACACAGAGAAAGAGCGAGGUCUCCGCCGGAUGCAGCAGGUGGCUACCCAGCUGGGCAUGUUCAGCCCUAUUGCCCUCCAGUUUGGAGCCUACAGCGCCUACACCCAGGCCCUGAUGCAGCAGCAGGCAGCCCUGGUAGCAGCUCACAGUGCCUACCUCAGCCCUAUGGCCACCAUGGCUGCCGUGCAGAUGCAGCACAUGGCUGCCAUCAAUGCCAAUGGCCUCAUCGCCACCCCGAUCACUCCAUCCUCAGGAACCAGCACCCCUCCUGCCAUUGCUGCCACGCCCGUCUCUGCCAUCCCUGCUGCCUUGGGCGUCAACGGCUACAGCCCGGUGCCCACCCAGCCCACAGGGCAGCCUGCCCCCGAUGCUCUGUAUCCCAACGGGGUUCACCCUUACCCAGAUGAGGCUGUGUCUGCUGAGAGAAGUGCUGGUGGGGUUCCCAUUAUGUCUCAGAGCCACUCAUGGCUUGCGAUGCUCUCUGCAGCCCAGAGCCCAGCAGCCCCUGUGGAUCCUCUCCAGCAGGCCUAUGCAGGAAUGCAGCACUACACAGCAGCCUACCCUGCAGCCUACAGCCUGGUUGCACCUGCGUUCCCACAGCCUCCAGCCCUGGUCGCCCAGCAGCCACCACCACCAACUCAGCAGCAACAACAGCAGCAGCAACAGCAGCAGCAGCAACGGGAAGGCCCUGACGGCUGCAACAUCUUCAUCUACCACCUGCCCCAGGAGUUCACAGACUCAGAGAUCCUCCAGAUGUUUGUCCCUUUUGGUCAUGUCAUCUCAGCCAAAGUCUUUGUUGACCGGGCCACCAAUCAGAGCAAAUGUUUUGGCUUUGUGAGUUUCGACAAUCCGGCUAGUGCCCAGGCUGCCAUCCAGGCUAUGAACGGUUUCCAGAUUGGCAUGAAGCGCCUCAAAGUCCAGCUAAAGCGGCCUAAGGAUGCAAACAGGCCCUACUAAGGACUUCAGGUCUGGAAAUACCAGAGGAAGGGGCACUUCAUACCCUCUUCCUAUGACUGGCCCUGGCCUUCUCUGCACAUCUGCCCUGGGCCUUGACUGGACUCUGGGGCAAAAGCUGCUUCAUGGCCCCGAGGGCCCAGGACCUGGCUCACUGCCACCAUCUUGCCUCUCUGAAGGGCUGUGGUUUUGCCUCCCUGGCUCCAAGAGCCUGUUUCCUCCCCAGUGCCCUUUUUUUGGCCUUUGUGAGGGAGAAGGAAUAGGCUCGAAGGUUCAGGGGCAUCUGCCUUCUGCUAAGGCUCCUGAGAUGGGCCUCUGUGCCCACUGUUCGCACUCACCUCCCCUCAGUGGGCCUGGAGUAGCUGUGUGGCCCAGGAGGGCAGCAGGACACGCUCCUCUUUCCCAAGCGCACUCACCCUAGCCCCUCCCCAUGGCAGGGCCUUCUCAGACGCUGGGUCCCACAUUUCCCUCCACCCUCAGCUAGAGGUAGGAUAUCUCCAAAUCCUGGGCUUUCAGCCCUAAAACUAACUGCCUCCCCCAAGGGCCCCCUCCAAGGAGGGUGUGGGGGGCCCUGAGGGCUGCCACUCUGCCAGUCAGUCACAGAGACCCUCCUUUCAUGAGGAAAAGACCUUUCCCUGAAUCCCUAAAAAUGUUUACAGUCUCUGCUGGCCCCUCCAUGUAAAUACCAUGACCACCAGGGCAUUACCCAGCCAGACGCUGCCAUCUCUCUUUCUGGGAGUUUAGACAAUGUUGCCCUUGGAUUUUUUUUUCCUCUCUCUUGAUUUCUCCUUUUACUUUGGGGUAAUUGGGUAUUUGGGGGAAGGGUAUAGGGAGGGUUAAAGGGGUUUAUUACCUGAUCGUUUUCUUUAGGAAGAGGUUUUAGGGAAAAGAACAUGGGGUGGGGUGGGAGGGUGAAGGGCGAGGAGGAGGAAUCAAUUUCUGACAGUUCUCUACGCUUAUUUAUUGAGUUUUACUUUUAAAGAGUCAGUCUUUUCUGUCUAAAUAAAGAAAACGUUUGAAAGCAUCAA